CAGCUGCCGAGACGGCCACGUUCCUCGAGUGGCGCCGCGGGCUGGCGCUUGCGGCUCAGGAGGAGGGGCUGCACCUCACGCCCUACGAGCGGAACCUGGAUUUCUGGCGGCAGUUGUGGCGGUGCUGCGAGCGGAGCGACCUGUUGGUCGAGAUAGUGGACGCGCGCGACCCGCACUUCUACCACAGCCGCGACCUGGGCCGGUACGUCAGGGAGCUCGGCGGCACCAAGAGGCUGGUGCUGCUCGUGAACAAGGCGGACUACCUGACCGUGGAGCAGCGCUGCCGGUGGGCUGACUACUACCAGAAGCGUGGUGUCGAUGUCCUCUUCUUCUCUGCGCUUCGCGAAGUGAAGAGGCACGAGAAAGACAACCUGGCCAACGUGGUCCCUCG